UCGAAGUUGAAGAUCGAAGAGCCAAGCUGAUUGCCACUGACUUAGAGGACCAGUCUGAUUCUAAAUAUCCAGGUAUGGACCGUAAAUGGAUGUUUGCUAAUCGCUUAUCCGAUGAAUAUGCUGCCGGGGUGAAAGAGUUUGUUAAAUUUGCGGUUCAAAAUGCAAAGAACCCAAAUAGUUUGCUAUGCCCUUGUUUAGUUUGUUGGCAUGGUAUUCGAGUUAAUCCACUUGAAUUAGAAGAUCAUCUAAUUUGCAAGGGAAUUGAUAAAAACUAUAUAUGUUGGUCAAAUCAUGGCGAGUCCAGAUUUGAUUCUAGUGAUGCAGCAGAUAGUGUGAGAUCUGCCUCAUUUGGAGCAGAGGAAGAUGCAUGUGAUGGUGACCGUGUUGAGGAAAUGGCGAAGGCGGUUGAAGAUGAUCUUCGUGAUUGUCCUCAAAUGUUUGAGAGGCUGAGAAAUGAUGCGGAGACACCUCUUUAUAAUGGAUGCUCUAAAUUCACAAGACUAUCUGCGGUCUUAAAGCUGUACAACUUGAAAGCUGCCAAUGGAUGGACUGAUACGAGCUUCACCAACCUACUAACACUCUUAAAAGAUAUGCUUCCAGAGGGAAACGUUCUUCCCGGUCGACUAUAUGAGGCUAAACAAAUGUUGUGCUCUAUUGGAAUGAGUUAUGAGAGGAUUCACGCAUGUCCUAAUGACUGCAUAUCAUUUCGAAAUGAAUAUGAAUCUCUUAAGUCAUGUCCCAAAUGUAAAGCUCCACGAUAUAAGAAGGAAAAUUCAUGUCCUUUAAAAGUGUUAUGGUAUUUCCCCAUAAUACCCAGAUUUAGGCGCAUGUACCGCAGUGCAGAAGUUGCAAAACAGUUGACUUGGCAUAAAUAUAGAGGAGAAGGAGAUGGAAUGCUUCGACACCCGACAGAUUCUCCCCAAUGGAGCAAAAUUGAUUCUGACUAUUCUGAAUUUGGCAAAGAGGAAAGAAACCUACGCCUUGCAUUGUCUACUGAUGGAAUAAAUCCACAUAGCCUCCAAAGUAGCACCCACAGUACGUGGCCGGUGAUACUAGUGAUCUAUAACCUACCUCCUUGGCUUUGUAUGAAGCGCAAGUACAUGAUGUUAUCAAUGUUAAUUUCUGGGCCUCAACAACCAGGAAAUGAUAUAGACAUAUACUUGUCUCCUUUAAUUGAAGAUCUGAAGAAAUUAUGGGAGGUAGGGGUGGAGGUGUAUGAUGGGUCAAGGGAAGAAACUUUCAGGUUAAGGGCAAUGUUGUUUGGUACGAUCAAUGAUUUCCCGACAUAUGGCAACUUGUCGGGAUAUAGUGUAAAAGGAAAACUUGCAUGCCCUAUAUGUGAAGAUGAUACAAUUUCAAUGCGAUUAGAUCAUUGUAAAAAGAAUGUUUUCCUCGGACAUCGUAGAUUCUUGCGAACAACACAUCGUUAUCGGGGGUGGACAAAAGCUUUCAAUGGUAAUAAAGAAGAAGGUAGAGCUAGAAAGCCAUUGAAGGGUAGUGAUCUGAUUGCCAAGGUGAAGAACGUGAAGUGUAAAUUUGGCAAGACAUUCAAAAAACAACUUCCUAAAUGUGGUUGGAAGAAAAAGUCCAUUUUCUUUGAGUUGCCAUAUUGGGAGUCACUUCAUGUGAGACAUUUUCUUGAUGUGAUGCAUAUUGAGAAGAAUGUUUUUGAAAGUGUUAUAGGUACUUUACUAAAUGUGCCGGGCAAGACUAAAGAUAGCAUCAAUGCAAGACUUGAUUUGGUUAGCAUGGGCAUAAGAAAAGAAUUAAGACCGGUGAAGAAGGGGAAACGUACGUAUCUACCUCCAGCAGCCUAUACGCUAAGCAGGAAAGAGAAAAUUGCUUUGUGUAAAUUUCUUAGUGGGGUAAAAGUUCCACACGGCUACUCUUCAAAUAUUAAGAACCUUGUAUCAAUGAAAGACCUUAAGUUAAAGGGAUUGAAGACUCAUGAUUGUCAUGUUCUUAUGGAGAACUUGUUACCUGUGGCUUUACGCUCCAUUUUGCCAGAAAAAGUGCGAGAUGCCAUUACAAGAUUGUGUCUCUUCUUCAAGGCAAUUUGCAGCAAAGUGAUUGACCCUUCUAAGUUGUCAGCAUUGCAAAGACAAAUUUCUACAACUUUGUGUGAUCUUGAGAUGUACUUCCCACCUUCAUUUUUUGACAUAAUGGUUCAUCUAACCAUUCACUUGGUGAGAGAGAUACAAAUGUGCGGGCCAACUUAUAUGAGAUGGAUGUACCCUUUUGAGCGUUACAUGAAGGUUUUAAAAGGUUAUGUAAAAAACCGAAGCAGACCUGAGGGGUGUAUGGUUGAACGGUAUGUAGUCGAAGAAGCUAUUGAAUUUUGUACCGAAUACCUGUCCAAUGUUGAAUCUAUAGGGCUUCCGAAGUCUCAUCACACACGAAGUAUAGAAGGGGAAGGGCUCUUUAAAAGCGAGAUAAUAACAAUACAAGGUAAAGAAUGGCAACAAGCACACUUAUAUGUUUUGCACAAUGCAGCUGAAGUUGGGCCAUAUGUUGACAAGCACAAGGAAGUGAUUAAGGGGUUGAAUCUCAAUAGGUCUGAUAAUUGGUUAGCAAAGGAGCACAAUCGGACUUUUAUAAAAUGGCUAAAGGAUCACGUUUAUAAGGAGUGGGAAGAAGAUCCUACCUCGGUUUCAGAGAGGUUGAAAUGGUUGUCGAGGGGUCCAAGUAUGCAUGUCUUUAAUUACAACGGCUAUGUAAUUAAUGGUUAUACAUUUUACACAGAAGCCCAAGAUGAUCGGAGUACAAUGCAAAAUAGUGGGGUGACUCUUGUUGCUAGAUCUAUGCAUGUCUCUAGCGCCAAAGAUAGGAACCCCAUAUAUGCAGACAUGUCAUACUUUGGGGUGAUUCAACACAUAUGGGAGCUAGACUACACAACAUUUCAGGUUCCUGUGUUUGGUUGUAAGUGGGUUGACAAUAAUUCUAGUGUACAAAUUGAUGACUCAGGGUUCAUUCAGGUUGAUCUUAAUAGGGCGGGGUUCAAAGAUGAUCCUUUUAUUUUGGCCUCUCAAGAAGAGCAAAUAUUCUAUGUCCCUGAUCCUGCUAACAAUAAAAGGUCCAUUGUUUUAUUAUCAAAUAAAAUAAAUGUCAACAACGAGGAUGGACAAUAUGUUCAGGAAGAUAAUGCUAUUGAAGAUGACCCUUUCUUCGGGAUAUCACAACCAAUUGACACCGAUUCAGAUGAAGAUGAUAGUUAUUAUGUUAGAGAUGAUCAUGAUGAGGGAAUUUGGAUGAAUAUAGCCUUUCAUAAUAAAAUUGAAACCACACGUAUGCGCAUAUUGAAGAAAAGGAAAAGAACUACUAAAACAAGUUAA